AAAUGUUCGUGACCGUCCAGGUGGAGCAGCACUUGCUGGUGCUGUCAGCUCGUCAGACUGAGCACAGUUAGCUUGAUGGCUAACAAACACAAACAACCCUGUUCAGGGAGCUCCGUGGCCGCUCUACUCUGUGUGCCAUUUUAAGGGCGUUGCUCCUCUAACACUCGCCAAACUAGGACGUGAACUACUCCGCACAGUGGUGUUUUCUGUCAACGGCUUACGGCGAAAGGACGGCGCGAGGACUACAAUUGGAGCUAACUUUGGUUAGCUAGCUAAUGUUAGCUUGCCAACGCAAUGGCCUACAGGUGUAUCCCAGAUGAUGUAAGGCACCCUUGCUUGUAGAGAUCAAGAUGACUGAAGUCCAGGCCACAGUGGAGUUCUCUGUGGAGCUCCACAAGUUCUACAACGUGGACCUGUUCCAAAGAGGGUUCUACCAGAUUCGUGCCGGUCUUAAGGUGCCACCCAGGGUUCCACACAAGGUUGAGACCAGUCUGCUUCACCCGGGAGUUAAUUCUGGUGGUGUUUGUCUAGGCUCUGAUCUGGCAUUUCCCGCUUUAGUCCAAGAUGAUGUCAUCUGCAGCAAAACUUUUCAAAUUCUGUACAAGAAUGAAGAGAUUGUGGUCAAUGACGUCCUCCUCUUCAAAGUGAUGAUGCUGCUGGAUGAGAAAAAGGUGGAAGAGUCCCUCAAUGACAUUGAUUUCCAACUCUUCUUGGAUUUAUAUUUCACAGAUGGUGAUUACACGCCAGAUGAUCCAAGCUCUCUACAGAAUAUCAGUGGCCGCACACUUCGUUUGCACUUUAGCCUUCAGCGAGGCAUCCACCAACACGUCAAUGUCAUGUUUGACUACUUCCACCUGUCUGUCAUGUCUGUAGCCAUCCAUGCCUCCCUAGUGGCUCUACAUCAGCCCCUUAUCAGUUUGCCUCGACCAGUGAAAACCACAUGGCUUAACCGCAACGCUCCACCGCAGAGCAAAGACUCGGUCAUCCCACCUCUGGAAAAUGUGGUGUUUGGUGGCAGUUACGUCAAGCAAGUAUCACCAGAUGGCAGGACAUUCCUGGUGUCUGACCCCUGUCUGCAGCAUGCCUUCAGUCUGCACCAUAACCUCUGCUCCAAUCUCCUACUGGCCUACCAGGGCCUCUUUGACUACUUCACCUCUAUUACCAGGGACCUGCCCUCCUCCCAUCGUAUGGAACUAGCAAAGUCCAGCAUGCAAGUCCUAUAUGAGCGAGUACUCAGAAGACCCUAUCCCCGAAGUCAAAGGCACGUCUACAUAGAACAACUCGACUUAGAGGCCCGUCUAGCUGAGUUAUGUGAACAUGUCAAGCAGAAAGCUGAGUCCCCUGACGAGCUGGCAGAACUGGUAAAUAUGAACCUGGCACAGCUCUGCUCUCUGCUCAUGGCUCUCUGGGGACAGUUCCUAGAGGUAGUUUCCCUGCAGGAGCAUGUUGCUGCCCUACUAGCUAUGGAGCACCAUACACUGAGAGUAAGGCGGUUUGCUGAGGCUUUCUUUUGUCUCGAACAUCCAAGACAAUCUGCAUUAGCAUAUCAGGAACUACAUGCUCACAGUCACCAGCAGAUGACUAAUGCCAUCAAAAGCUCCAGCUACUUCUUGUCUUUGCCUCCACUUCCAGUGGCAUGUGCAGACCUAGAUGGUGAUGUUAGCUCCCUGCCAAUCAUCUUUGAGGAUAGAUACCUGAAUUCUAUCACUGAAGAUCGUGAUGGGCCCUGGCUUGGCAUGCACAACACAAGGACUGGCUCGGUGUCCAGCAAAACAGACAAGCCCAACUCCAAGGAGAGCAGUGCAGCAGCUAGCCCCAUACCUGAGUCUCAGUGUGCCCCUAUGGAUAACACCUGGCCAGACAGCUAUGAUCCACCACCCAAGUCCAAAGGAAAGUCGGUCAAACUGAAGAAAAAUUCAAAGACUGAGAACUCAAAGAAGCUGAUUAGACAGGGCUCUAAGGACUCUGUGGUGUUGGUGGGCUAUAAGAACCUCAAAGCUCCAUAUGGUGACACAAAGCACAAGGAAGGAGAAGCUCCCCUCAACCAAGAAGAGGAUCGAGAUGCAUUACAGAGGGACUCAAGUAGUUCUUUAAGGACUUAUGCAAAUUCAGUUUUUGACUCUGGUGCCACUUCAGCACACUGUGGAAACAGUGCUGUUGAUUCUGUUGCAGAUGACGAUAUUAGUACUGCUGCUUGUCCAAAAGGUUGCUUCAAAAAGCCUACGAACACUGACGUACAGAAUAAUCCUCAGGCUGGUACUGGGGUUAUUGCUACAGGCAACCAACCACUUUGCAAAGAUGAGCAAGUUGACCACGGUGGCCAAAAGCUGCCACAGUGGUCCGCUGGGCUGAAGCAAAUUGAGGUGAAACCAAGUACAAAGGGCCCAUACCAAGGGGACAAAGUAACUGUUCUGCUACCAUGUCGGACUGAUGGAACUGUAAGCGGUAAUAUUCCUGAGAUCACCCAGAUAGACGACUGUGACUCAAAGCAGUCUGUAGUGGACUCAGUUUUUGAAAGGCCUAGUAAAGAAGCAGCACAGCAUAGUCUGGUCUCAGUACAGGUGAGGAGUGAUUGUAUCAGGCUGUCAGAUGGAGAAGUCCCUAGUGCCUCAUCUAGACUCUCAGACUCAGGCAUCGAAAGUGAGCCUAGCUCCUUUGCCACUCAGCAAGUUCCAGGACUUCAGACUUCUGCAGGAUUAGGCAUCCCUGAAACAGGCAUAGCUGCCCCCCAGCCUGAGAGGCCUCUCCUUAGUCCUGCACCACGGCCAGUUCAGCAAAGCUCUGUGCAAAAGCCCAGUGGGGCAGCAGAAAUUCUUUACCCAGAAAAUGCCAGUGCUGUCAGAGGAGUUCAGUCCUCUCUCACUUCCAUCAACUCCUUGCCCUCAGAUGAGGAGGGUGAAGGUUCCUCACGGGGCUCCAGUGGAGCUGAAGUCCGAGGCAGGAAGUCCAGUGUUUUGGUGCAGGAGCAGAGUGUAGUGUUCUCUGGGGAUAUCACUAACAUACCUGCCAUUGACACAAGAUGCACCCUUAAGAUUACUGCAGGUGAUUCCCAUCUUAUAAAACCUUCCUUUGACUUGGAAACAGAUGCCAAAUUAAUUACUAUUUCUGAUCUUGGACUAGAAGGAGCAGCUGGUUCUGGGGCUGUUAAAGAAUCCCAUAGUGACACCCAUACCACCUGCCCUUCCAGUAACUCUGCCACCAGUAGCACUGACCUGGUAAAACGUGGAAUGGUAGAGAACUACUUUGGCUCGUGCUCUAGCACAGAUGUGUCUGAGAUCAGUCCUGUGGAAACAUCUGCUAUAACACUGGGAAUCCAGGCAGGACCACAGGAGGAGGGAAUCCAGGCAGGACCACAGGAGGAGGACGAGGACGAGACCGAACAUGAGAUGAUCGAGAAUGGUUACUAUGAGGAAGGUGAUGGCUAUGCUUUUGUCAACGGUGUUGCUGAUGAGGCGCAAAGUGGGGAUGGGGAUGCAGCCGCUUCAGAGACGAGUCUUCUGUUUGAACAGCUUGGCAUCGGCUACCCCCAUGAAACAAAGGAUUUAUCAAAUGCUCCCAUCUGCUCCAACCUCGCCUCCAGCAGUGCUGGGUACAGCUUGGGCAGACCUCCCUGUCCCUCCACCUCCUUUUCAUGUAGCCUGCGGUGGUAUGAAUGUGCAUCCACACCACAGAUCAAAGCGUUCAUUAAGGCAAAGGAAGAAAUGAAACAUCUAAAGCUGCCUGGCUUCUUGUAUAGUGAAGUAUCUGAGCUGGCAUCCACUGUGCCCUACUUCAGCUUGGAGGAAGAUGAAACUUGUGAAGAAGGCAUCCAUCUCAUAGUCUGCGUCCACGGCCUGGACGGGAACAGUGCAGACCUGAGACUAGUGAAGACUUACCUGGAGCUUGGACUGCCUGGUGCUCGUAUAGACUUCCUAAUGUCAGAGAGGAACCAGAAUGACACUUUUGCUGACUUUGAGUCAAUGACAGACCGACUGCUGGAUGAAAUAGUCCAGUACAUUCAGAUAUACAACCUCACAGUGUCAAAGAUAAGCUUUGUGGGUCAUUCCUUGGGGAACCUCAUUGUUCGCUCAGUGCUAACUAGGCCCAGGUUUAAAUGUUACCUGAGCAGGCUGCACACCUUCCUCUCCCUCUCUGGACCUCACCUGGGCACAUUGUACAACAGCUCUGCUCUGGUCAACACAGGCCUUUGGUUCAUGCAGAAGUGGAAAAAGUCUGGGUCACUCCUUCAGCUGACUUGCCGUGAUAACUCUGAUCCUCGCCAAACUUUCCUCUACAAGCUCAGCAAGAAAUCUGGUCUGCAGUUUUUCAAGAACGUGUUACUUGUCGGGUCACUGCAGGACCGUUAUGUGCCCUAUCAUUCUGCCCGAAUAGAAAUGUGCAAAACUGCAUUAAAGGACAAACAAACAGGUUCUGUGUAUGCUGAGAUGAUUGAGAACCUGCUGCUGCCAGUACUUCAGAGCCAAGACUGUAAUCUAGUGCGAUAUGAUGUCAUUCAUGCCCUGCCCAACACAGCCAACUCCCUUAUUGGUCGAGCUGCCCACAUUGCCGUCCUCGAUUCUGAGAUCUUCCUGGAGAAGUUCUUCCUUGUUGCAGGCCUCAAGUUCUUUCAGUAGAACUGUGGCAGAAUCAAACGGUGUUGGACAAGAGGAAUGUGGAGCUAAUACCUCACUGCAUCUAAACCGUAUUCUGAUUAUCAUAUCUGGAUUUUCUCUUGGUUUUCAAAUGCAUAUAAUCACUUUUCAAAGACAUGAGCAAAAUCACAAUUUUCAUUUAAUGUUGUUUAUGUUGGAAUCACAGUGGAUAUGGACAUUUUUAUUUUUCUACUGCCAUCUUUUAAACAUUGUUGUGUUUGGGAAACUACUCCCAUCAUAUGCUACAUUUUUUAGUGGUGUUCAUGUGUUAUGUUAAUAAUUUUGUAUUAGUUGUUCAAUUAAUAUUAGAUGUAGAACUGGAAAUGUAGCUGCUACAAAAAUGAAAUGGCUAUUUUGGUGAGCUGGCCCAAGUCGCGUCUGCCCAUACUGUCCUCACCAUUGCAAAUGUUUCCCACCAAUUUUAAGAGACAUUGCAUUGAUUUGCACCACAUUUACAUUUUACAAGCUUUUGUACUGAAAAUGAUCAUUUGUACAAGUUACUUUUUUAUCAACAAUUUUCCAUCAUUUUUAAUGGCAAAGAUUGCAUUGAAAUAGGAUGAAAUAGGAUUGUUGCUCAGACUUCACAGCCUUUGCUUUGGUCUUAAUACUUGCUGUUCUUUGCCAUUGCUGAAUUCUGCACAACAUUUACCCAACCUGGUGUUGGGAGAAUAAAGCUUUACCUACAACAAACAACAUUUUAUUAAAGAGGUUUUAAGCAAUGAUCCUCAGUCAGAAAAAGCACAUAAUGAUAAUAUGAACUUAUUUUAUUGAAAGUGUUUGGUUGGUAUAAUUUGGUCAUUGUGUUUGAACAAGAAAGUAUUGCUUGGAAUUUAAAAAAUGUUUCUUGAAAAAUUGUUUAUACAUAUAUAUCAUCUUAUUCUACCAUUAAAUAUGCAUAUUAUGAAGUUGGUUAAAUGACUUUUCUUUCUUAUGUGUCCCUCCUAAUCACAGGUCUUGGUAAACUAAGUGCAAGAAAACAGCUCUAAGGUGAUUUCAUAUCACCUACUAAUACACUCUUAGUCAUGCAGUUUUCAUGGGUGGGGAAGGUAGUUUUAUGCGCUAACACAAUUGUGAUGAAUUUGAGUCUAGUUUUGAUUAACAGUCAUAUACAUCUUUUGUUCUGGGUUCAUUAUGAUUGAAUGCAUGUAACUGUAGAAUGAAUUAUAGUGUGUCUUCGGUUUGUUCUGUUAUUGUUGUGCCCUUUCUUUCAAUGCUAUUCAUCUUGCUUUCAUUAUUGUUUAGAUUGUUCUCUUUAAUUGAUCAAAUGGUCCUGCAGGUGGCACUGUCAUCACGGUCACUUGUUAUUUUAAAGACCAACAAUAAAAGUGGGAAUUUG